UACAAAGAACAAAGAAAGAUGAUGAUCAAGUCCCUCGCUCUGAUCGCGGUGCUGGUGGCAGUGGCCAGUGCCGAGCUGCACCGCGUGCCCGUCCUCAAGGAGCAGAACUUCGUAAAGACGCGCCAGAAUGUCCUGGCCGAGAAGUCGUACCUGCGCACCAAGUACCAGCUGCCCCAGCCCCGUGAUAUCAACGAGGAAACCCUCUCCAACUCGAUGAACAUGGCCUACUAUGGUGCUAUCACCAUCGGUACUCCAGCCCAGAGCUUCAAGGUGCUGUUCGAUUCAGGCUCAUCCAACCUGUGGGUUCCAUCGAACACCUGCCAGAGCGACGCGUGCCUGACCCACAACCAGUACGACUCCAGUGCCAGCACCACCUAUGUGGCCAACGGCGAAUCCUUCUCCAUCCAGUACGGCACUGGCAGCCUCACUGGCUACCUCUCCGAGGACACCGUCGACGUGAACGGACUGAAGGUCACUAGCCAGACCUUUGCCGAGUCGACCAACGAACCGGGCACGAACUUCAACAAUGCCAACUUCGAUGGUAUUCUGGGUAUGGCCUACGAGUCUCUGGCCGUCGAUGGCGUGGCUCCUGUAUUCUACAACAUGGUCUCCGAAGGCCUGGUAGAUCAGUCCGUGUUCUCCUUCUAUCUAGCCCGCGCCGGCUCCUCCAGCGAUGGCGGUGAGCUGAUCUUCGGCGGCUCCGACUCCUCCCUGUACACCGGAGCCCUCACCUAUGUGCCCAUCUCCGAGCAAGGAUACUGGCAGUUCACCAUGGCCAGCGCCUCCUCCGAUGGAAACUCCUUGUGCGCCGAUUGUCAGGCCAUCGCAGACACUGGCACCUCUCUCAUUGUGGCUCCCUAUAAUGCCUACAUCACACUCACCGACAUCCUGAAUGUCGAUGAUAAUGGUUAUGUGGACUGCUCCACUGUCAGCUCCCUGCCCGAUGUGACCUUCAACAUUGGCGGUACUGACUUCACCCUGACCCCUGCCUCCUACAUCAUCCAGUCGGACAGCACCUGCAUGUCCGCCUUCGAGUACAUGGGCACUGAUUUCUGGAUCUUGGGCGAUGUCUUCAUUGGCCAGUACUACACCGAAUUCGAUUUGGGCAACAACCGCAUUGGCUUUGCCCCAGUUGCCUAAACAUCAGCGAUCCAGCGAAUCAAUAAAGAAACGAUUUUGAAUAUCUCAAGAA